AUGCUCGAUCAGCACUGGCGCUGGUGUUCGACUCAAAACAUCCCAGAUGCUCAAUCAGCACUGGCGCUGGUGUGUUUUGAGUCGACUCAAAACAUCCCAGAUGCUCGAUCAGCACUGGCGCUGGUGUGUUUUGAGUCGACUCAAAACAUCCCAGAUGCUCGAUCAGCACUGGCGCUGGUGUGUUUUGAGUCGACUCAAAACAUCCCAGAUGCUCGAUCAGCACUGGCGCUGGUGUGUUUUGAGUCGACUCAAAACAUCCCAGAUGCUCGAUCAGCACUGGCGCUGGUGUGUUUUGAGUCGACUCAAAACAUCCCAGAUGCUCGAUCAGCACUGGCGCUGGUGUGUUUUGAGUCGACUCAAAACAUCCCAGAUGCUCGAUCAGCACUGGCGCUGGUGUGUUUUGAGUCGACUCAAAACAUCCCAGAUGCUCGAUCAGCACUGGCGCUGGUGUGUUUUGAGUCGACUCAAAACAUCCCAGAUGCUCGAUCAGCACUGACGCUGGUGUGUUUUGAGUCGACUCAAAACAUCCCAGAUGCUCGAUCAGCACUGGCGCUGGUGUGUUUUGAGUCGACUCAAAACAUCCCAGAUGCUCGAUCAGCACUGGCGCUAGUGUGUUUUGAGUCGACUCAAAACAUCCCAGAUGCUCGAUCAGCACUGGCGCUGGUGUGUUUUGAGUCGACUCAAAACAUCCCAGAUGCUCGAUCAGCACUGGCGCUGGUGUGUUUUGAGUCGACUCAAAACAUCCCAGAUGCUCGAUCAGCACAGCACUGGCGCUGCUAG